GCUGGGCGGGGGCGGGGCCGCGGGAGGGGAGCGGUUCUACCCAGAGGGCCGCGCGCCGCGGCUCCCCGCUGGCCCGGCGCUGCGCGCUGCUCCUCGACCGCGGCCAUGGCGUUCACGUUCGCGGCCUUCUGCUACAUGCUGGCGCUGCUGCUCACCGCCGCGCUCAUCUUCUUCGCCAUUUGGCACAUUAUAGCAUUUGAUGAGCUGAAGACUGAUUACAAGAAUCCUAUAGACCAGUGUAAUACCCUGAAUCCUCUUGUCCUUCCAGAGUACCUCAUCCAUGCUUUCUUCUGUGUCAUGUUUCUUUGUGCAGCAGAGUGGCUUACACUGGGUCUCAAUAUGCCCCUCUUGGCAUAUCAUAUUUGGAGGUAUAUGAGUAGACCAGUGAUGAGUGGACCAGGACUCUAUGACCCUACAACCAUCAUGAACGCAGAUAUUCUAGCAUAUUGUCAGAAAGAAGGAUGGUGCAAAUUAGCUUUUUAUCUUCUAGCAUUUUUUUACUACCUAUAUGGCAUGAUCUAUGUUUUGGUGAGCUCUUAGAACAGCAUUCAGAAGAGUUGGUCCAGCGACGUGCAUGCAAAAAGCCGCCGAACAGAGGGAUUCUGUGCAGCAAGAGCCUCUUUCCAGGAGUAGCCUGUGGAAUCUGAUGAGUUACUUUAGAAAAUGACUCCUUAUUUUUUAAACGUUUCCACAUUUUUUGCUUGUGGAAAGACUGUUUUCAUAUGUUAUACUCGGAUAAAGAAUUAAGUGGAAUUACAUAUAAAUUAAUAUAAAAUGAUACCUCUGGUGUUGACAGGUUUGAACUUGCACUCCUUAAGGAACAGCCACAGUCCCUUGAAUGAUUGCAUUGAUUAUUGACUGUCCUUAGUCCAUCGGAAGCUUUUGUUUAUAGGAACCGGUAGGGCUCGUUUUGGUUUUAUUGAAAUGCCAUUUAGUUAUAAAUUAGCUGUAGAUAUCAGGUGCUUCUGAUGAACUGAAAAUAUAUAUCUAACCUGUAGGGAACUUCAUGGGUUUCCUCAUCUAUCAUGUAGGUGAUUAUAUAUGGAUAUAUUAAAAAAAUAAGAGUGAGAUUUUUUUUUUCCCUUUGACUUGAAAUAUUAUCCCUGUAUAUUGCAUGAAUGAGAGAUUUCCCAUAUUUCCACCAGAGUAACAUACUUGCUUUAAUUCUUAAGCAUACGUGAACAUGAUACAAAAAUAUAUGCUGACUUGUGAAGAAUGCAUUUAAAGCUAUUUUAAAUGUGUUUUAAUUUGUGAGCCAUUACUUCUUAAGAAAUUGGUUAUUACACUUAAUGCUCUGGUGGUAAAGGUAGUCUUAAGAAUUUGCAAGUACUAUAGAGUUUCAAAACUGAAUGAGAGAGAACAUUGUAUAACCGUCCUGCUGUUCCUUUAGUGCAAUACAAUAAAACUCUGAAAUUAAGACUUAUUUUCAGUGCAUUGUUUUAAAGAUGACAAAUAGCUAUUUCUUAAACUUGCUUAUUCCAAAUAAAGACAUAUCACUGUCAGUUUUUUACAAAGAUAAUGGAGUAUUACUUUUUUUUUUUUUUUUAUUACCAUGCUUGGAUCUCACAAGGAAGACUUUUAAAUGGUUAAGCACAUUAGCCUCUGUUGUCACCUGACAAGAUUGGUAAACACUGCUGGCACAGCACCACUAUUUUUCUUACCAAUUAAAAUUAUUGUGAAACUUAAAAAUGUUUAAAGUGUUCUUUUCCUUUUUGAAAAAGCAGGUUUUAAGAUAAAAUGACUUAUAAAUUUGUUCUUUUGCUGCUGCUUGUAAGGCAGGUAAAUUAUGGCUUACAUGUUUUCAUAAGCGCUCUUGUGCUUUAUUUGGGAUGAGGAAGUUAAGGCAAUUGAAAAUAGUGUAAGUGGUUCAAAGUUUCUUAAAGGAUCAAAGAAAGAAAACCAUAUGUAGAAGUUCCACGUAAUGAUCAAGGGAGUUUAUGGAUGUGUUUGUGGAAGUCUUCCUCUAAGUAUCCCUUGUUUUAUUCUCUACUAGUGAAAAAAUGCUUCCCCGGCUUUGGGAGAGUGGCUGUUCCUAUUUUGAGACUGGGUAAUGGGGGUGAAUGUGUUGAAGAAGAGUCCCUAGAACCAGAAGAGUGAGGAGAGUCAAACCAUUUCACGAGAGACGCUUUAGAGACCUCGUUUACUUUGCAGUCUGGGGCACACUUGGAGGGAUCUGACUGUUCAUCCGCUCACGCAGUGAACUGGUUAUUGAGCCCUCGCCAGGCGCGGAAGACUCAUGAGCUGAGCAUAAGCAACCACUGUUUCCAGUCCACACAGUCACGCCAGCACGCACUCAUCUUCCUUUCUGGUUCACAAGGACUUCUGAUCAUGAGAGACUUGGCCAAGUCUUCUGUCCUUCAGAUAGGUUUCCUGGGGCAGUUACUUUUGUAUUCCUGUCAAAGUAUUUUCAUGAGCUCUUGUUGUCUCUUAGCAAACACCGCUUUCCUUUAUGAGUUUAACAAACAUCCUUUUAAUUAUGUACUCCACAGUGUGCUCCAGGAUUAAUGCAAGAUUUAGUGGUUGCAGUUUGUAGCAGCCACCUUCUCAUGCUUCAGAAAUUAGAUACGUGGUCCUUAGCUGAUGCCUCAAAGGUGACUGAUAGUGAGGUCGCCCACCUCAGUGGUAGGGUGUUAGUUCCUAGGCAUGUAAGUGAUUAGAAGAUUGGGUACUGGGAUGCUCUCAUAAUGUCUACUCGUUUUUACCUUUUCCAGUGCUUUAUGAAAUUAAGUCACUUACCAAGAGAAAGCAGAAACAUAAUAUUUGUAUUUGACUGUAUCCCACUGGUUCUUUUCCUUGCUCUGAAUUUACUGUGGUGCCCCCAUUAAUCUGGUUUGGGUGACCUUAGCCAUAUUCUGUUAUUCCUGCAUGUCCAGCUGAAACAUAGUUAGCCUGGGUUUGUGAUCCUUUCCAGCUUUAGUGAGACUGCACCCUGUGCAGCCACAGCUGUUGAUUUAAGAAUCUUUUUUCCUUUGUUAUAAUUACUUUCGCCAUUGUGUGUUUUGAUUGAUCUUUAAGAGCCUUCCAGCUCUCUGAAAGCCAUUAGUGUAACACACUGUGGUUUUUAUCUAUAUCAGCAACUCCCUGCCGUUGGUACUAGAUUCUCCUGCAUUAGAAAUCUUAUAUAACAAAUGCAGUCUAUUUAGCAGUUAUUGUAUUGAGUAAUAAUACUAUAUCGUGGCAAUAUGUCCUAUUAGUGCUAAAAAGGUAUAGGGGUAGAAACUUGAAUGCCUGAAUCUGAAUUUUAUUAAUAAUGUUUCAUGAUCAUCACAAUAUUUAAUGGUACUCCCCAUUCCCUGUCCCAGGGUAGAGGAGAGUUGGGUCACAGCUGUACAUAAACUGCUAAUUUGUUUGAAGUUUGAAUUACUUUUCAUGGGAAGAGGGUAGUGAUGGGAGAUGACCAGAUAAUCCACUUUUGACACGUACCAGGCAUUACUAAAGCAUGUGAGGAGCCUCAUGGGUCACACCAUGCAUUGCCAGACCUACCAGUCACGUUCAGAUACCCCGGUAAUGGUCUUAUGCAAAGCACGGUGCGUGGCAGUGUGCAGUAUGCCUGUGCAGUAUUUUUCAGCUUGAGGACCACCUUAUGCUAAUAGCUCUCACAGAGCUCUGCUCUGCUCUGCAGAUCAGCGUAUUUUGAAAAUAUGUCAGAUGAUUGCAUAGAAAGGAAAGAGAUGUAGAUGCACUUUGAAACUAGCCAGUUAUUUUCCUUGAUACAACACUUCUCUGUUCCUUCAGUUAUAUAUUUAUGAGCAGUGUUCAUGGAAUAUUACUGCCAUAGUACAAAGAAUGACUUCUGUGGAUUUCUUCUUAUACCCUGCAGGAGGGCGGGCUUUCAUUUUAGGUGUGGCUAUAUCAUAGCAGUGUGAUAUAUCGAGCCCAUGAAAAUACUCUGUAUUUAAAAGUAUUCAUCUAAUUUACUUAACACUCACAAAUGUGCAUCUCAGUAAUCAGUUGUACAGUAUAAUUGUAAAUCAGAAGUUUUGGCAUCCAACAUAUUUUAAAACACUUUUUUCAAAGGGGAAAGAGAAAUAGUGAUGAUGUCUUGUCUGGUAUUGUUCUGGAAGAACUCAUAGUUGUCCUUUUGGGGCGCUGUUAAUAAUGUUAAUCUCAAAUAACUUAAGUUCUUUUGCUCAGACCAGCCAUCGUGCUGUGGCCAGACCAGCAGCUAAUGAGUCUCUGGCAUGAGUAUUAUAGCUCAGCAGAUGGUUCUGAACUAAUACUCACAGGCGAUGCUAAGAGAGAAAAUGAGGUUCUAUUUCUGGAUAUGUUGAAUAGCUUUCUUAGAACAAUUUUACUUUGAUUAAAAUUAAUGGUUUUAAAACUGUCUAAAAGGAGUAAACAACUCUGCUGCUUGUUCUGCUUGGUUUUGGAAAACAGUAUCAACCACAGAAGGUGAUCUGUGGGAUUGGAGUGAAGCUUUUACCCUACAUUAGUUUUAUGAAUGCAUAGUGUGGAAGAUGUAGAGAACAUCUUGACAUGGAAAAGAAUGAAUAAGUUAACUUUUAUCAUACAGUGCUUUUCCUAAAUAAAUUUCUGUGGUUACCGUGUUCUUGUAUUCUGGAGAAGAAAAAUUUCUUAAAUUGAUGACUAGGUAGACCUUAAAAUUACUAAGGAAAACAUGUGGUUUGUUAAAAUCUAAGUUGACUUUUAUGGUGCUGUACACCAUCCAAAGACAAUGCCCUUAUGCUGUCCUGCCUUCUUAGAGCUUGCUUGCUUUAUUUUGCUUUUGUAUAUUUAAUAAAAACUGUCAUAAAUGUU